CCUCUUUGUCUGUCUCGGCCAGCCUCCAAUCCUCUAAAGUACAACCAUGUCUGAUGUAGAGGGUGAAUAUGAGGAGCAGCCUGAGGAGGAACGCCCACGAUACAAGACCAUGGCCUCCCAGCUUUCUGCUCCUAAAAUCCCUGACGGGGAGAGAGUGGACUUUGAUGACAUUCACAGGAAGAGGAUGGAAAAGGACUUGCUGGAGCUGCAGACACUGAUUGAAGUCCACUUUGAUCAUCGGAAGAAGGAAGAGGAGGAGCUUAUUGGGCUGAAGGAAAGAAUUGAGAACCGGAGGUCAGCUAGAGCGGAACAACAACGAGUUCGGGCUGAGAAGGAGAGAGACAGACAGACAAGAAUUGCGGAAGAGCGGCAGAGGAAAGAAGAUGAGGAGGCAAAGAAAAGGGCAGACGAUGACGCCAAAAAAAAGAAAGUGCUCUCUAACAUGGGGGCUCACUUUGGGGGCUUUCUAGCUAAGGCAGAGCAGAGGAAGGGGAGGUCACAGACAGGGAGGGAGAUCAAGAAGAAAACCCUGGCGGAGAGACGCAAACCUUUAGGUAUUGAGAACCUGAGAGAGGAUGGACUCAGGGAGCGGGCGAAGGAGAUGUGGGAACGGGUCUAUCAACUGGAGUCUGAGAAAUUUGACCUCAUGCAGCAGAUCAGAGGACAGAGAUAUGAGAUCACCGUUCUCUUGAACAGAAUUUCCCAUGCCCAGAAAUUUAAGAAAAUCCUUGGCAAGGGCAAAGUUGGGGGUCGCUGGAAGUAAGACCAAAUCCACAGACAGCUGGAAAAGACUUUCCAGAAGAAAUAGUAAAAAUCACAUCUCUAAAUUGUCCCAUCCUUAUGCUUGCUUCAGCAUUCC